CUAAGUAUCGCGAGUUGAACUGUGAAAGGGGCCGACAAUCCAUUGGUUAACGGUAUCAGUGGCGUCAGACGCGAAACCCUGGGUUUGCCGCGGGAGCGUGAGGAAGGCCACGAUUUCCGUUUGGACGCUUCUUUUGAGCUCGCUGUGUAGGCGCCAUGAGCAAAGCUCACCCUCCCGAGUUGAAAAAAUUUAUGGACAAGAAGUUAUCGUUGAAAUUAAAUGGUGGCAGGCAUGUCCAAGGAAUAUUGCGGGGAUUUGAUCCCUUUAUGAAUCUUGUCAUAGAUGAAUGUGUGGAGAUGGCAACUAGUGGGCAACAGAACAAUAUUGGAAUGGUGGUAAUUCGAGGAAAUAGUAUCAUCAUGUUAGAAGCCUUGGAACGAGUGUAAAGAAUGGCUUUGUUCACCAGAGAAAUUAACUGCUUCCCCAUGUCCCCUCGCCACAGCUGCUGUUUUACUACAAUAUAAAAAUUGGAUCGGGUACAUUUUCAUGUUGAACUUUUUUGUUAAAUAAACUUUUGUAAUAGUCAAAAA